AUGUCAAAGACUUUCCGUCCUGGCCAUAUCUUGGCUGGCCUUGUCUGGCUCUCUGCCACUGCCUUGUGUGCAAACUCGACCCUCUUCCAAGGCGGAACUAUCAUCACCUUCGACGAGACAUCUCAGCUUCCUGUGGCCCUUCACGGCUCUUCGCUACUUGUCACCGGAGACUCAAUUGCCAAAAUAUUUGAGGGUUCCGACAAUGUGACUCUGCCCAUUGGUACUGAGAUUGUCAACGUCCAAGGCAAGAUUGUUUCGCCCGGCUUCAUCGACACACAUCGUCACAGUUGGCAAACCGCAUACAAGACCCUCGGCUCCAACACCACAUUGGCAGAAUAUUUCAGCCGCUACGGCGAGUUCACUCAAGCUGGAACUGUCUUCAGCCCUGACGAUAUCUAUAUUGGCACGCUUGCGGGACUUUACGAGCCACUCGAUGCCGGAGUCACUACCGUUCUCGAGCAUGCUCACGGUACCUUCUCUGAAGAGACAUCUAAGGCAUAUCUCAACGCCGUCAUGGAUAGCGGUGUCAGAAUGGCUUUCUGCUAUGCCUUCCACGAGCUGAGCAAUGGCUUUUCGUUCCAAGAACAACUUGCCAACUUUGCCGACCUGAUGAAGGAUCAGAGACUCAACUCUCAAGACCUGGUGCAGAUUGGUAUCGCGUAUGAUUCAUUCAUCACGGACAAUAACAACACUCAAGCAAUUGUCGAUCUGGUCAACAACAACAAUGUCUCUGCACUCACCAUGCACUUUCUUGGCGGUCCUUGGAGUUACGCCAAUAGCCCCUCCAAGCUCGAUCAACUUGGUCUUAUGAACGGCACCACUCCCAUAGUCUUCUCCCACGCCAGCUAUGUCACCAACGACGACGCUGAACUUCUUCGCAAGUACAACCAAUACAUUUCUACCACUCCCGAGUCCGAGAUGCACUACGGUCACGGCCACCACAAUAACCCUCUGAUUCAAGAUCAAAGCGCUCUUGGUGUCGACACACACUUCACUUUCUCGUCCGAUAUUGUUGGACAAGCCCGUAUGUGGUUACAAAGCACUCGUCUUCGCUUCUUUUAUCAAUCGCUCGACAACUGGAACAUUCCCCGUAAUAACCCAAUGUCAGCGAACCAAGCUUUCACCCUCGCUACACGCUCCGGAGCUCUUGCCAUGCGUCGACCUGAUCUCGGUGUACUAGCCACCGGCAACAAGGCUGACAUAGUUGUCUUUGACGGCGACUCACCAAACAUGCUUGGCUGGUCUGAUCCUGUGGCCGCCAUCAUCCUCCACUCGCACGUCGGAGACAUUCGCCAUGUCAUGGUCGGAGGUGAGUGGCGCAAGAGAGAUGGUGAGCUCGUUACCAAGCAGAACAGAACAGAGGUGCAGAACAAGUUCCUCGAGUCUGCUAAGCGUAUUCAGAAGAUUUGGUUGGAGACUCCCUUGCCUGAUCUACAGGGCGAAUUUAAUGGCUUGUCGCAUGUUGAUUAUGUCAAUGCUUAUACCGUUGAUGCUGUUCGUGGUAACGGUACUGGUUAUUAG